CAGGAAAGGGCUUGGAGAAGAAACCGAGGCAGGCUUCCCUCCCGCCCGGCCUGGCUGGCUGGCUUUCGCCCCCACCCCGCCCGGAACCGGGCGCUGGAGGAGGCAGAGGCGGUGGGAGGAGGAGGAGGCGCCCCCCACGGCGCGCGCUUGCAGGGAGCCCGGCGGUCGCCAGGGGGCGCUCCGUGCUGGCCGGGGCUGCCUGCUCUGGGCCUCGGUCUGUGGCGGCGAUGGGCGAAGCGGAGAGCUCGGCUGGGGCGGCCGACGUGAAGGCGCCCUGCCCUGCUGCCGCAGCCGCCGGACCGGUGUCUGUGUCCGCCGCCGCCGGGCCGGAGCCCAUCGCGCAGGCCGGGUCUGAGGAGCCAACGCCGAGCGCCUCCUCCACCACCACCACGGCGGCAGCAGCCGCGGCCGGCUCUUCCUCCUCCUCCUCCUCCAUCUCCUCCUCCUCCUCGGCGGUGGCGGCGGCAAUGACGGCGGCGGCUCCUCCUCCUCCCCCGCCGCCCCCUCUCCCCGCGCCGCCGGUGGUAUGGAGCCCGGAGGUGGAGGUGUGCCUCUUUCACGCCAUGCUGGGUCACAAGCCCGUCGGUGUGAAUCGUCAUUUUCACAUGAUCUGCAUUCGAGACAAAUUCAGUCAGAAUCUUGGGAGGCAGAUUUCUUCUAAAGUCAUCUGGGACCAUCUGAGCACUAUGUAUGACAUGCAAGCACUGCAUGAAUCUGAGAUUCUCCCCUUCCCCAACUCAGAAAAAAACUUCAUCCUCCCUGAAGAAAUUAUUCAAGAGGUAAAAGAAGGAAAAGUGAUGAUUGAAGAUGAUAUAAAAGAAGAAAUUAAAGAAGAGAUAGAAUCACAUGCAGGUCCCGAAGAAGUGUAUGUAUCUAUAGGAAGCCUGGCAAAAGCCGCUGAAAAAGCAAGCAACAAGGAGAAAGAGAGAAGCUCUUCAGAAUCUGGAUCCAAAGAAGGAGCGGAUAAGAGAAAGCGGAAUAGAGUCACGGAGAAGGUCUUAAAUGCAAACAGCAAUCCUUCCAGUCCAAGUGCGGCAAAACGGCGUAGGACAUAGCCAAUGGCUGAACAAGGCAAAAACAUAUUUUAAGUGCAGAGCCUGGGAAGUAGAGUCUAGGUAGCGCUAGGGGGAAAUGAGUGGGAAAGGCACAGGCUCUGUGGGAAUGCAUGACUUUGGCUGUCUCCCCUGAGAGCAGAUGGCUUGCUGGUCAGCAGAAGGGAGCUGGGCAGCGUCUGCGCUCCUAGAAUUUUGGGAGGAGAGCAAGACCGGCUGCUUGACAAACCUGUGUCAAACUUGACUGAGCAAGUCAAGCAAAGGCAUUUCUUGCAUACCGCUUCCACACUAUGUAUUUAAACAUCAUUCCUGGACAUGUUUGUGGAAACAAAGAGUUCUUGAAUAGCUGACUUCAACUUCAGACCACUGUUGUGUCUUGAACUGCAGUUGCUAAUUUUGGUGACUGUGUCGUAAGCGGUCAUUGCUCUCUGAGAUUUAGCAAUACCAAAUGUCAGCAGGCCUUGUUUAAAAAAAAUCACAGACUACAGACCACUAGUGUACGACAAAAGAGCAUUCUUUGCUUCUAUUACAUUCAGCUUUGCUUUUUGGAAACCAGGAGUAUAAAUUAUUUUCAAGAUGGUGCCAUUAAGCAAAGCAAAGAUAGUAGUAUUGCUAGAUAACAAACAUCUUUAAACCAGGGGGUGUGGGCUAUGUUUUAUUUAUAGGAGGCUUAAAAUAAAGUGUCAUCUGUAUAAUGGAAGAUCAGCACAAACUGCUAAAGGUAGAAGAAAUCGGGAGUCUUGUCUCAGCCACUUGUACUGUAUUAAUGCCCUAGCUGCAAAGUAUUUCAGUACCGUUUAAAGUCAGUGAAGUAACAACACAGAAGGCACUUGCCAGACUAGGGCAAUAAUGUAUAUAUCUUUUUUGUAUUCAUUAUUUAAUUUGUUUUUUAAAAGAAAACAUUAUUUUUACUAGGAGUCUUUAAAUGGAAAAAGUGUUGAAAAUGGUGAUUUUUUUCAUGUUCAUUUACUUCUAAAAGUAAUUUUAACUUAAAAUGUUUUAGAUUUAUAUGCAGAGUUGUUAAACACUGAGCAUUUAUCUUUUAUGGAUGUUCAGAUAGUAAAGUCCCCCUCCCUUUAUUUUGAUGGAAAAUCUGUAUUUUAUAUGGAAAAACAAAGCAAGCAGAGAGUGAAGGUGACUAAAAAGUUGCCCAGUUACAACUUUGUGUUAAUUUUGACUAUUCAAUAAAGAGACACAGUCCAUA